AUGCUAAACAGCAACCCUCUGGAACUUAUUUACAGCGAUGACGAUCCUGUUACAUACCUGCACUACAAUGGAGCCAGAACAACCCUUGACUUGCUCCUGGCUUCAAGCGACAUCAGCGAGCAUACCCAUGGCAAAAUAAUUGACGAUUCUGGUUCUGGUCACAAACCAAUCAUUGCUAGUAUUACCAUCGGCAGCAAACGCAUGACACCGUGA